UUCCACUCAUACCGGCAUGGUCGCGGCGGGGCUUAACUGAUCUGAGAAAGGAACGAAUCAGUUCAGGGAGUGAUUCGCUUCAGUACGUUCGCUCAAAAGAUUCGUUCUUUCGAACGAAUCGUUCGCGAACGACACAACACCAGUGAACAAAGCAGGACGAAAAAACAAAACAAGAUGGCGUUUGAUAGAGAAGACGUUGAUGUGUUAAUGAUAGUUCUGUGUUCUUCAUCAGUCCGUAGUACGUACAUGUACGCAUACAUGUUGUUUAAUAAUGGAUUGUAUUCGGAUACAUUAGUCUGAGGGCACUUUGAAGCUUCUCAUGGUAGCUUAGCUCGCUAGUUAGCUUAGCGUGUUAGCCGCUAACAAAGACGGGCGGAAGUGAUGAAAACACAUCGCUAAGCGGAGAUCAAGUGUGAGUGUAAAGUCUUGUCCAUCCAUCCAUUUCUACCGCUUAUUCCCUUUCGGGGUCGCGGGGGGCGCUGGCGCCUAUCUCAGCUACAAUCGGGCGGAAGGCGGGGUACACCCUGGACAAGUCGCCACCUCAUCACAGGGCCAACACAGAUAGACAGACAACAUUCACACACACAUUCACACACUAGGGCCAAUUUAGUCUUGUGAUUUCGUUAAAAAAAAUGUGCGAAAAAACAAUAGCAGAGUACGAGGAGGAAAUGUGUCCAACAAAAGAGAAGGAGCGACAACAUCAACUACUGGACGCUGUUUUCAAGAAACAUCAAGUUGUGUCACACAGGACAGACGUCUGUGAAGAACAUCUCCCUGAGCAGCGGGAGUGGACCUCUCGUCAGGAGCAGGAGGAGCCACAGCCCCCUCACGUUAAAGAGGAAGAUGAGGAGCCAACGCUUUCUCACAUUAAAGAGGAAGAGGAGGAACACAGCAUCGGUCAGGAGGGAGGGCAUCUUGAAGGGUUGGACGCAUUCCCAGGGAUUGGUGUCCCUGUGAAGAGUGAAGAUGAUGAGGUCAAAAGUGAAAGUGAGGAGAAGAGAGAGGCGGAGCCUCCAAGCAGCAGCCCAACUCAACACAUGACAACAGAAGCUGAUGGAGACCACUGUGGAGGAUCACAAGCAGACAAGCUCUUAGCUCCACUAUCAGAUAGUGAGGACACAACGUCACACUCUCCUGACACUCAUGAUGAAGACUCUAAAAAUGACAAAACAUGUCAAACUGUUAACACACACUUCACAUGUUCUCUCUGCGACAAAACCUUUAAUCGUCGUAGUCAUCUGAAAAGACACGUGAGAAUACACACAGGAGAAAAACCGUUUGCAUGCUUAAUCUGCGCUAAAAGAUUUAUACAGAAUAGUGAUUUGGAAAAACACAUGAGAACACACACCGGAGAAAAACCAUUCAUGUGCUCGAUUUGUAGUAAAAGCUUCUCCCAGAAAGCGUACUUGAUAACACACAAAAGAACACACACUGGUGAAAAACCUUUCAUCUGUUCAGUCUGCGGUAAGGGUUUCCUCCAAAACCAAGAUUUGAAAAGACACACAAGAACGCACACUGGCGAAAAGCCGUUUGUCUGUUCAUUCUGUGGCAAAGGUUUUCUGCAAAAUGAAGAUUUGAAAAGACACAUGAGAAAACACACCGGAGACAAACCGUUCAUGUGCUCAGUUUGUAGUAAAAGAUUCUCCCAGAAAGCAAAUUUGAUAAUACACACAAGAACGCACACCGGUGAAAAACCUUUUAUCUGUUCGGUCUGUAGUAAAGGUUUUCUCCAAAAUCAGGAUUUGAAAAAACACACGAGAAUCCACACCGGUGAAAAAACAAAGUGCUCCGUUUGCAGUAAAAAAUUCUCUCAGACGCAACAUUUGAAAGCGCACAUGAGGAGGCACACCGGAGAAAAACCCUUUCCCUGUUCAAUCUGCGUCAAAGAGUUUGCACAGAGGCAAUGUCUGCAAAGGCACAUGGCAACACACACCGGUGAAAAGCCCUUUUCUUGCUCAAGUUGCAACAAAAGAUUUUGUGAAAAAACAAGACUUGUGGUACACAUGAGAACUCACACGAGGGAGAAAACGCUGAGUUGCAGCGCGUGUGGUGAAAGAUUCUCUUCUAAGUCCCAGUGUAAGAAACACAAGUGUGCUGGUGAGAACAGCAGCAGCAAAUGAAGAUGCAGGAUUUGAAAUAAACUUGUUUAUAUUUUUGAUAAUUCCAAUUAUUAUAAGCUGUGUUUCUUCCUACUCCUUUUUCCAACACGUUGGUUUGUGGACUAGUAAAUAUGUGAUGUGUACACAGCAACUGUGUGCAUGUUGAAAAGUAACUACCGUAUUUUCCGGACCAUAAGGCGCACCGGAUUAUAAGGCACACUGUCGAGGAAUGGUCUAUCUUUGAUCUUUUUUCAUACGUAAGGCGUACCAGAUUAUAGGGCGCAUUAAAGAAGUCAUAUUUUUUUUUUUCUAAA